GCCUGGCCCCUGCGCAUCAUGACUUCACCUCUCCCGGCGCUCUAUUUUGGUCCCAUGUGUCAACCCGUGUUCCCAAACCUCCGGGCACAGCUCCGCCACCGCCGCCUUUGUUAGUCUACCGUCAGAGGAACCACAACCAGAGGAAACAGAGUCACAGAGCCGUCUAUUUUCUCUACGUACAACAUCGUUCCACAUUUCUGACUGUUGGGAUUUCUACUACAGUACUACUACUACCAGUGUGGAGCUUCUACCAUGGCAUUGGAAGGCUGCAUGCGAUGUCUGAAGUAUCUGAUGUUCAUAUUCAACUUUCUCUUCUGGUUACUUGGCUGUGCGAUCCUGGGCGUUGCGAUAUGGCUGCGUGUGGACCAGAGGACGACACAGUACGUGGACACCGGGGAGAACCUGUCGUCCUACUACAUCGGCACGUACGUCCUGAUGGCGGUGGGGGGGAUCAUGAUGCUGGUGGGCUUCCUGGGCUGCUGCGGAGCCAUCUACGAGUCACAGUGCAUGCUCUGUACGUUCUUCAUCUUCCUGUUGCUGAUCUUUGCAGCAGAGAUUGGAGGGGGAAUCUGGGCCUUCUUACACCAAGAUGAUCUGACAGAAUUUAUCAAGUCAGAUUUUGAAGACAUUGUGAAGAGCAAGUACGGAGUCGACCAACAUGCCUCAAAAAGCUGGGACGGGGUUCAGGAAUCGCUGAUGUGUUGCGGUGCGGCAGAUAAGAGUGACUGGGCGCAGAGCACGUGGGGAAACCAGCAGAAGAACUGGGGCAGCGUGCCGCCGUCCUGCUGCGAGAACCCCGCGCCUGGCUGUGGCAGUGGCGGGAUAGUGCUCAUUCAGCAGAUUCACCAAAAGGGCUGUACAGACAAGUUGAUUGAAUUCUUCCACAAGAACCUCAUGAUUAUUGGCUGUGUGGGCAUCGCUAUCGGAGUAAUUCAGCUCCUGGGAAUGACCUUUGCCCUGUGCCUGUGCUGUUCGAUCAGAAGGAACAGGAAUAAGCACUACCACGCGUGAAGACUGCCUCCCACUAAACUACCCUAGCCUUUAAACCUAAUCUCCUAGCAGAUCUUUCGGUGGCUGCAAAGACAGUAUGAAAUUGGCCAGACAGUCUGGCCAAUGGAUAAUACCUGGCCAAUUUGAUACUGUCUUUGCGGACAACGAAAUAUCUGAUUGGAGAUUAUUCAAAACCAACCCUGCAAGACCACUGGGCGUGGAUUCGGGCCGACAGUCAAAAGUUUGCAUAUUUUAUGUGAUAGAAUUCAGAGCGAGCAUUUCAACUCAUAGAGAGUCAUAGGCUGAAAUAAGUUGAUUUGCAGAUACAGAGACACUUGUUGCAUGCUCAAUUUAUGUUGAUUAACAAUUGUACCAGACAGUGAUAGAAUUCGCAGCCAUAGCCAUUUUCCUCAGUCAAAUCAACUUUUGCAACAUAUCUAAUCUUUGCUAUGUUCUGUCCUUACUCCAUUCUUCAGGGUUAAAAUGAUAUAUGCACAAAUGAUCACAAUAGGUAGCAGUCUUUCCAGAGCACUUGAGACUUGUAUAAACAGUUUUGUAAGUACAUGACAUUAUAUCAACACAUAUAUUAACUCAGUUAUGCUGAAUGUCUUAGUACAAUUGCAGAGCAGAGCUUACAUAGUAAAGCACUUGUAAAGCUAUAGAUUACAAUAAGGGAAUACCAGGUUGAUAAUGAGACUUUUUCAAUAAAAACUAAGCCAAAAGCCUUAACAUAAUGCAUAAUACAGGAAGUGGAUUUAGAUACACCAAGAUUUUCAUUGUUGAGAUUCAUUUCCUUUUAAACUAAGUUUUCUAAACAGCUAUCAAGUCCAGGGUGGCGAGAUUAACAGAACUCAUUGGAUGCUGUCCUUGGUACUGAAUGAUGCCGUAUGGGCUGUUCCAAUUUAAUGGGGAAACAAAUGAGUUUUGUUAAUCUCCAAGCAGAUCUUUAACUUUAAAGUAACCACGACAGUGGCAUUUUGGACACUGCCUUGGUUGCCUAAAGACCUGCUUGCAGAUGAGGUGGUUGGAGACAGCUGUAAAUAGAGACAAUUGUCUGUCAGAAAUAAAUUGGACAUGGGAAUUUUAAAAAAUAUUCCGACUGGGUUCUUUUGAAAUUGAGUGACUCUCAUAGCUGAAUUUCAUCAUCAUCCUUUUUACAAAUGUACUAUGUAGAUCUAGUUACAUGUACAUUUAGUUUUAAGGUGACUAUUAUAUUUAACACAUCAUAAAUUCAUAAAAUAUAAUACUUGAUCUUUUGUAGUCCAUCCUAUAGCUUUGUGUACAAGAAAUGUUUAUUGUGAGUUUGGCAUUGCUUCUUGAAGUUAGUCUUUAGUGAAGUCAGGUUCAAUUUCAAUUAAUUCCUUACUUUGCUCUUUAUCAAAUUCAGCUUGUCUUCCAUAUGGUACCAGAUGACUGAUUAUAUAAUAAGAGUUUGAAGGAACUCUGAAUUUUGUGCUAUACUGUGCCUAUGAAAUUUGAUAUUCAAAAUGUAGCAGAUUAUUAAUCUUAUGCUGACAUUUAAAAUUUGUACAUUUUAUAGGAUGAAAUGUGGAACAAACAUUUUAAACAAAUACUUGAUGACAGAAUAUGAAAUUAUAAUGAAGACAAAGUAAACUUUGCAUUUUAAGUUAAUGUAUUUUAGACUGGUUGUUUGUGAUUAUCAUAGGAAAAUGUAUUUAACCAUAUGUACUGUACAAUGUAGUUACUACAUAUACAUACAGUCACUGUGACAUUACAGUUUUUGCCAUUGCAGACUUAGAAAUUUAGUGUAGUAAAACUUACUUAUUAAUGCAGAACAUUUUUAUCCGUCCUACAGUUUUUUAAAUGAGUUUGACACCUAGAAAAUGAAUUCUGGGUAGAAAGAUAUUAUGAAAGAUACAAAGGUACCUUUUUAAGUUGACAAGACUUACUGUUCGUUUUUAUUUUUAUUUUUUGUUGUCAAAAGCACAUCAACAAAGAUUAUGUGUGGGUACUGUAGAACCCUUAACUAACCUAUUGCAUUAACAAUCCUAUGGGAUUAAAAUACAACCGAAUGUAUUGUCUUAUCCAUUUAUUGCAACUGUGCAUGUUUGAAUGGUUCAGUUUGUCACACACAAUAUCUGUAUCUUUGUAAAAACGGACAUUAAAAGUUAAAACAUUUG